UGAUGAAGGAACUCCUGACUGUAACCUCGGUUACUAUGAUACUUUCGACCAGUAUCAUAACAGUUAUGAUACUUUUGUCCUUUGAUCGUUUUCUUUAAAAAAAAGAGUAUCGUCUUUUUUGAUGUUUUCCAUACUUUUAAGAUCAAGUUGAUAUAAAGCAGAAAUGCGGAUGACCAGACGGAGUGGGAAAAUUUUGUAUGUAAAAAAUGAUGAACCCGAUAAUUAUAUUGGACCCUCGUUUCUACAAGAAUUAAAAAAAAACGUUAAUAUCAAGCUUUACGAUUUUGUGACUGUUUCAGAAACUAGCUCAUACAUUGCUCAACAUGUGUCUUUCGUGUUGUUGGAAAUAGGAAUUUUUGUUUUAUUCUCGCACGAAAGACUCAGUCCUCUUCCUGUUCUUAUGUUUUUAAUGUGCGGAGUAGGAUUUUGUUACUUGAUUUAUCAUCUAUACUUGGAAGAAAGCUGCUGCGAUAGCAAGCCAUCUACUACAAAAACGGUUGUAAACGAUUUAAGAAGAGCUAGCCUCCUCGCUAGCUUGGUAUUCAUUUUGUCGCCCGUUUUAAACACUUUAACUGCUGAAAUUAGUUCUGAUACGAUUUAUGCAUUGUCCACCCUGUGCUUUCUUUUAAAUGUUUUAUUCCAUAAUUACGGAACAUAUUCGAGCUUACUGUUUAGUCCUAUUUCUUUAAAUUGUGGCAUAUUUGUCUCAGUGUUACUGGCAUCACGUUUGGACGGAACAGCUCACACGUUCACUAUGGUGAUUCAAGCUUUUGUCUUCUUCGCUUAUGCACCCAAAUUCACAGAACGAAUGCGAGAUAAAUACCCGUUGAAAACGGUUUAUGCUAACAUUUUGAUCACAAUUUUUGUAACAAUCGCCUUUGCGUUCAUCAGUUUAGUGGCCUUCUGUUUAAUAUUUCUGCUCUUUAUUUCAAUCCUUUUACUGCUGCCGUAUGUGUUUGUCAGAAUGCAGAAAAUGAAAAAUACGAUUCAUGGACCAUGGGAUGAAGCAGUUUUAGCUGUCGAUUGAUUAAUUUUGCUCUAAAAGUGCCAAUAUGCAUAAGAAAAUCAAAUGAUUGCUGCCGUUACAGAUUUGAUAAAAACAAAUCAUUGAUAUUCUCUCAAACAAUUGAGGUUUUGAUCACCCAUCGUUUUUCUGACGAUCUCCAUGAAGGCUUUCUGUCAUCAUCAUCAUCAUCAUCAUUGCCGCCUUAUCCCGUUCAAACGGGGUCGGCGGGGCGCUCCUGAAUCUUCGAGCGCCAGAGUUUGCGGUCGUGUGCGUCGGCUUCCGUCAGUCCUCGUCUUCUCAUUUCCUCCUUCACGUCCUCUAUCCAUGUCUUUCUUGGUCUUCCUUUGCGUCUUUUUCCAGGGACCUCAAGGGAAUACGCUUCUUGGAUUGGAUUACUAUCUUCUCUACGCACGACAUGCCCAAACCAUCGCAAUUUAGAUUUUUCAA